UGUCACGCGAGUCCACCGCUAUAAAUACGCCCACUACCUAAGCCUCCUCUGCGUCUCCUUUCUCCCCAACUCCGCUUCUCGUCUUUUCACUUCACUUCGAUGCUCGCAUGGCGCACGCUCCCAACCCUCGGAGCAGUAGAAUAGUCACCAGAAGCUGCACCAGCAAGGCUGCAGUAAGGCCAUGGUCUGAUCUGCCCCCAGAGCUGCUGUCCCCAAUUGCAGACCGGCUGGGUUUAAUCGAGCUCCUUGGCUUCCGUGGAUCAUGCAAGAGCUGGCAGUCAGCAUCUUCCACAGCCACAGCUGAGAUUGAAUCCUCCCCGGAUCAGAAUCCCUGGUUCAUCCUCUACGGGGAAGAUUCAAAAUGCAUCUUGUACAGUGAAUCAGCCAAAAAGAAGUACACCAUCAAUAUCCCAGAACUGGAUGGAGCCACUUGCCUUGCAUCCAGCCAUGGCUGGCUUCUACUGUACUGCAAGCAAUCCAUUUUCUUCUUCUGCCCUUUCUCCCGUGCCAAGAUUGAACUGCCUGAGUUCCCUCACUCUGAUCUUUCCAAUCAUGUGGGAGUAUUUUCAGCUCCACCCACUUCAGAAAAUUGUGUUGUUUGUGUUAUUAACCGACAAGAUGAUCGCAUUGUGGAGCUGAAUAUGCUCUGCCGUGGAGCUGAGGCUUGGACUAAGGAUGAACAUGUUUGUGCCUUUGAUUGCCUAGAAAAUAUCUCUAGUGCAACUUAUCAUGAGGGGAACUUCUACUUCUUGGACAAUGCAAACAAGAUGUUAACUUACUCUGUGAACAAGAAGAAGUGGACAAGGUACAGAAUAAUAGAGAACAGAAAAGAUACAUCGCCAGAUGCUGAUUAUCUGCCAUUUGGAUAUAAAAGGAGCUAUUUCAGAAAUUGUUGCUUGAAGAAUUGCUUGGAUUUGGAGGACAAUGUUUCAGUUUCUACUUGUGGGACAACGAUUCCGGGCCAUGAUUGGGCUGUGGUUCUCAACAAUGAGAAGAUUGAAGCUGAAAAGGAAAAUGAAACCCGCCAGCUUAAAGGGGUCUGGAUUCAUCCUCGAUUCCUUCAGGUUCCUCCCAAUCUGAGCUGGGCUAAACCUAAAUGAGUCUCUGUCUAACUUAUAUAAUCUCCCUUUCUGUUUCUCAUAAAUUAUGGUAAUGGUGUUGACAAUGCCAGUUUUUGUUGAAAUUGCCAUGGAGGUGGUAAGUUAGAUAGCUGGUUGGAAUUUGAACGUUGAUUUCUUUGAAACUUAAGUCGUAGCAUUAGUCUUUAAACCUCUUUUUAGAGAAGCAUUUCUUUUGAUCUAUCGUGCAGCACUUUAAAGUUGCAGGAAAACAUUCCUGUACCCUGCCUUCUUUUCUAGUAUGUUGGAUUCCUUUCUAGUUAGCCAGCAUGGUAAUCCUCUCUCUGGGCCUUGUAAAUUUAA